AUUAUUUAAUAAUACCGAAAGUACGUAAGUUGGAGAGGGCGUCGGGAAGCGAAGCAUCCUGAUCUGAGACGGCGCGCCAUCAAAGUGAAGCCGCGGAUCCGACCCCUGAGCGCGCUGCCUGAGGUGUCGGGGCCUUGUCUCUCCACUUUGUUUCGCCGUUUCUCCUCCUCCUCACUACUUCUCCCUCCUUCUCCCUCUUCUUCGCUUCCUUUAUCCCUUUUCCUUUUUUUCUCUCACCUACUCUUCCUCCGGGCACCCAUUCGUUCAGCCCCCAAUCACCCUCUCACCGUCCCCUCUUUCGCUCUUUGUUGCUGUCCACCAUGGUUGUGUCCCCCGCCGCUGCGUUGUCUCACCAGCAUUGACUUUCCCCCCCACCAACGAACCACCGUUUCCCCCCCGUUUGUGGUUGGGCUCUGUUUAUAUCACGUCACCCGUCCCCCUCCCUUUGGGACGCGUCCAACGUGAAUGCCCUCCGAUUCCUUCUCAGCAUCCGUGCGAAGUGCUGAAUCUCCACUUCGCCUGUCCACUUCAGUGUCCUCGACUACAUCCACCUCCGACUCCCCUCUCCCCAGUCCUAGCCGGCAAGACCAAUACCCUCUGCUGACCUCUCGUUACCGCCACUUGUCCCCCAAACGAGCUGCCAUCAUGAACGAGGCAGGUGGUCACCCCGGUGUGCGAAACCUCCUCGCUCGAUUCGAGAACAAUCAGAGCAAUACCACCUCCCCGCCCUCUCGGGGUCGAUCCCCUGUUGGCUCGGAACAUUCCGGCUCAGGUAGACCUUUGUCUAAGGUGCGCGCAAGCUUUGUCGCUGUUGAUGGUGCUACUCAGCCGAACCCUCUUGCAGGGCUACGGAGUGUGAGUGGUCGCAGCGACAGCCCUGCCGCCCCGUCCCGGGUCAGAAGCUUCAAUUCGGAGGAUUUUGAAGGUGGCUUGAAAAGUCCACUGUCCGUUUCUCCAACUCGAAACAGCUUCCCCUUCAAGAUUACUGAACCACCAGCUGCAACCUUGGAGACAAAGCAGGAAGAGCUUCCGGAGAAGAAUGACCCCGCCCCGGUAGAGCCCGAAAAGCCCGUGGAAGUCGUUGAGAGUCCUCCAGCCCCAGAGCCAACUCUAAAGGUUCCCGAGGUCUCUUCUCCUAAACCGACCAAGACCGUUACCAAGCGACCAUCCACCAUCCAAGUGAACAAGCCGGCGCCGAAGCCUGCUGCGAAAUCCCCGGCGCAGCCCCGCACGCCCACCUCGCCUGCCAAACCCGAAGACAAGGCAACUCGGACCACACGAACUGCCCGUCCAGCGACUACCAGGGCUACAGCCACCGAGGCUCCCAAAGUUGCAACACACAAGCUGAGCCGGACGUCUUUGAACCCUGCAACGAAGCCCGCCACGAGACCCGCACGGUCUUCCAUGCCUGCUCGUGACUUGACGAAGCCCACAACCUCGGCUGCUUCUCGCACCACCAAGGUCACGCCGGCCAACACUACUCGCCCUUCGGCUUCUGCAACGACUUCGACUGCCUCCUCUACUGUCAGAAAGGGAGCCACCACAACGUCUACUCUGUCUCGGAAGCCGUCCACAAUCAAGAGCUCGACCACUGCGACCCAGCAACGCGCAAUUACUCCGACUGCUUCCACCACUCGUAAGCCGUCGUCUCGUCCCUCUCCUCCCACUCACUCCGGAAGCGAACGGCCUCACUCUCGGGUGAGCAACACUAGCUCCAGACCACUUGACGAGGGUUUCUUGGCUCGGAUGAUGCGUCCCACCGCAAGCUCUGCGAGUAAGACGCACGACAAGGUCGAGGUGAAGAGCCCUCCACGGCCCGCCAAGCCGGCUCGGGCUCCCAGACGUGUCCCUUCCAAGCUUGACACCCGCACCUCGCGCGCCACCAAGCUGGAACCGGGCAAGCCCCUGGAGAAGCGGGCAACCCCUGAACCCGUGAAGUCCGAACCACCACAGGCAAAGGCGGUGGAGGAAGCCGCUAAGGAGAGUGUGGCUGAGACCGCCGUCGUCCCCGAGAAGCCUGUCGAGGUUGCCGAGGAAGUUCCUGCUGAGGAGCCUGUGCAGGCCUCCGCUGAAGCUGUGGCUGAGGAAGUUGCCGUUCCCGCGACGGAGGCUGUCCCUGAGGCCAAUGGGGUGACUGAGGAUUCGGCUGAAGCUGCUGUGGAACAAGCCACCGACCUUCCGCCAGUUCCUGAGACCGAGCCCGUUGCGGAGACUACGGUGCCGGUAGAAGAGGCGACCAAGGAGUCCACUGAGCCCAAGGCUUCGAUCGAGGCUUCCACCGAGGCUCCUGCUGAAGUUGCUGCGGAGGCGCAGUCGAGCGAGGUUGACAUUGACAUGGGCGUCCUCACCCUCAACUGACUUGCAGAGCACUUGACAAGUUGAAAUAGAAAUCUUCUCUUCUUAUUCGUUUCUCGUGAUAUACGUUGUUAUACCCUUGACAAUCGUGAUGUGACCAGGUACAUACUUGUCCCACGUUUCUCGAUACUGAUUUUAUUCUUGGGCUUUGUUCCUCUUCUCUGCUUCUUUUGCCUUCUUUCCAUUCUGAUCUCCAGUUAUCUUCGGUAUCUCGGGUAGGGAGCGGAGCACCUUGUUGGCUGUCGACCAGACCGCCGACGUGCAUGUCGGAGCAUUGCUGGCGGAGUUGAUUCGGAUGUGAUCUUAGCGAUGUGUACGGAGUACUGCAUCUUGCAUAUGUACUGGAUUCUCCUAGCAUAUUACUUAGGAGGUUCUCAUUGAUUCAGUAUUAGUAGUGUCAUUCACCUUGAAUAGCAUUAACUUAU